CAAUCCAUCAUUUGACGUUUGUCUGACCCUCAUCAUGUGACCAUUACAACACGCUGAUGACGCUUAGUCGUUCACUGGUUCAAUUUAACAAUUCUACUCCCGUAUGUACUGUAAAACAAACAUCUGUUCGAUUGAGACCUAUCGAUUACAAGACGUGGAUUGUACUAGCAGUAAUGGCAUUAAUUGGAACGAUAGCCAUAUUAGCAACUGCAUGGGAUUUGUUUAUGAUCUAUUUUAAUCCCGAUUAUCACGAAGUGGCUUCAUUAGUAACUGGUAAUGAAACAGCAUGUUGGUUCUCCUGCUUAAUGGCAUUUUCUGUGAUCCAGAAUACCAAAGAUAUAUUCAAUAUCGAGUCUACUAAUAAACAAGGCCAAAUAGGAUCAAUUCAUUUUAUACGUUUCAUUAGCAUGAUGUGGGUGAUUUUUGGACAUGCAACAGCCGGUUAUAUGAUGUUCAGUUCAAACUUCUUGGAUUGUAAGGAUACAUUUAAAAAUUUGUGGACACAAUUCAUGACUAACGCAUUCUUUCCGUUGAUACAUUCUUCUUCAUGUCCGGCUUAUUAG